AUGGCCGACCCAAAAUCUGUUCGCGCGCCGACGACAGCCAGCCUACCAAACAACCUGCGCAUACCCUCAACGACUCCCUCCCUCACGAAAACUUUGGGCAGACUAUCCAGAACCGCGCUCAUAGAACUAGCGCUCUAUUGGCUAGACGACCGCAACGUGACAUCAUUCCCACCCUACCUCCAACCCGAAGACGAAGCGAACAAUGACGACGAAGAAACCCUCCCCUACCCCGCUGCCGAAACGAUCGCAGAAGUGCGCAUCGAGUACGAAAACUUCCAAGAACGAAAGGGAGGCAAGCGCGAAGUCCUCGAGAGAAUCUUGGAAGGCGACUGGCGACAUGGCAUCACCCUCCGCCAACUCGCAAUGGCCGACCUGCGAUACAUGGACGACCACCCUGCAGGCCUGCGCUGGACCGCAAUGGAAAUAAGUCGUAUCGAUAUGAAAGCGAAGAAAGCAACAGACACCCAAACAGAAGAUUGGUCAAGCAAUAUUCCGCGAAUGCAAGCCGCCACUUUCGUCAGGGCUCUUCAGCAUGAAAUCGCGCCGCUCGUCAAGGCGCAUUACCACCUAUCCCGCUCCUUGAAAUUCCCGCUCACAUUCCUACGAAUUUUUAUUGUUGACUCACCGUACCAAACACCCCGUCAAACGCCGGAAAUAUUCGCGGACGCAACGCGCAUUAUCUAUGUCGCUUUUCCGGAUAGCUGUCCCUUCCUCUACACAUCGAUCACGACAGCACCCGCCGCAAAAACCGGCUCGACGGGCUCGAUCGCAAAUGAUCCGAGGACAUUACAGCGUCUUGUUCGUGAUGCGAUCCCGAAGGCACUCUCACGACCACAGGAGCGGUAUACCCUGAACCCAACGGCUUUGACUGCGAAGAAUCUACCAACACUCCUCGCGCUCCGUGGGCCUGGACGAACUACGGCUGCGAAUGGUGCGUUUAGUAUCUUCGCUGAUGCAGCUCUGGAAGGAAGUCCCCUGGACCCGCGUCCGUCAAAUACAGUCUCCGCGGAAGAACAUAUGCGCAAUGGACAUGAAGCUAGCGCUCCACUUGCGGAGGAAGACAAAGAGAACAUCAGCAACGAGCCGCAGAAACCAGGCCGACCAUCCAAAAAGCGACAAUUAGGAAGCAAACCAGACACAAUUAAGCUCUCCCCAAACUCCAAAAAGCGACGGUUAGUAGCAGCCUCCCGCUUCGGGACAACAGGCUCUUCAACAACUCCCGCUCCACUCGACCGUCUCGACAUCCGACUCCUCGAUAACGCAGCCUCAACCAACGACGGCGACGCCGACUCUGCCCCCACUUCUGCAGCUGUCUCUCUCACAUUCACCGGGUCCGAUGUUAUCGGUGGGAUCCGGAGGUUGGCUGAGCUUGGUGUCGUUGAUCCGGAACGUAUACCUUCUUGGAUGACGGGUGAAGAGGCUGCUAGUAUGAUGUUUGUUCGUGGGGGACGGCGUCUUCGUAGUGAGGUUUGA